AUGCAAGACUUCCUGUUGUGCAUACAUAAGACAAGGUCCUCAACCCUGCAAUCAGCAUCAGGGACAAGUAUGUCUAAGAUCCCUAAAGAGUCCAAGUUCUGCUGUAGUACUGGUGAUACUAGAAAUGAUGCCUUUCUGGAUGUUGGCAUUGGGCAGGUAUCUGUAAAAUAUCCCCGGCUUAACUAUAAACCAGAAAUAUUUUUUGCCUUUGGAUCUCCUAUUGGGAUGUUCCUUACUGUCCGAGGACUGAAAAGAAUUGAUCCCAACUACAAAUUUCCAACGUGUAAAGGUUUCUUCAAUAUUUACCACCCUUUUGAUCCUGUGGCCUAUAGGAUUGAACCUAUGGUGGUUCCAGAGGUAGAAUUUGAGCCAAUGUUGAACCCACAUCACAAAGGCAGGAAGCGUAUGCAUUUAGAACUGAGAGAGGGCUUGUCCCGGAUGAGUAUGGGCCUGAAGAACAACUUGCUAGGCUCCUUGCGGAUGGCCUGUAAGUCUUUCACCAGAGCUCCAUAUCCAGCUUUACAAGCUUCAGAAACUGCAGAUGAAACUGAAACAGAGCUAGAAUCCAGUUCCGAGAAACCCGGUGUUCCAGAUGUUAACCCAGAAGAGAUACCCGUGGCAGUGAAAGAAGAAGUCUCACCCAUCAAUGUGGGAAUGCUGAACGGAGGUCAGCGCAUCGACUAUGUGCUUCAGGAGAAACCCAUUGAGAGUUUUAAUGAAUAUUUAUUUGCUUUGCAAAGCCAUUUAUGCUACUGGGAGUCUGAAGAUACAGUACUGCUAGUUCUCAAAGAAAUCUAUCAAACCCAGGGUAUAUUCCUUGAUCAGCCUUUACAGUAA